AUGGGGAAGCUUCCUGGCCUCAGCAAUGUAUACCUGAUCAGCGGUUUAACGACCGUCGGUGGCUUGAUUCAAGGCUUCGAUGUGUCGAGCAUGUCCGCAAUCAUUGGCACGGAUCAGUACAAAACAUAUUUCAACAAGCCUGAUCCAGUUCUCCAAGGUGGUAUUACUGCGAGUAUGGCGGGAGGUUCCCUUCUCGGGUCGCUUUUCUCAUCUUGGACCAGUGAUCGGUUUGGUCGUCGCGAUUCGCUUUUCAUAGCAUGCAUCAUUUGGCUAGUCGGGUCGACAUUGAUGUGUGCCGUGCAGGAUGUCGCGAUGCUGAUUGUUUCGCGAAUUGUGAAUGGAUUCGCUGUCGGGAUGUUGACCAGUCAAGGGCCAAUUUUGAUCGCGGAAAUCAGCUUGCCUCACCAACGCGGUCGCCUCCUUUCUCUACAGCAAUGGAUGAUUACCUGGGGUAUCCUGAUCAUGUACUUCAUCAGCUACGGUGCUUCGUUUAUGGGCAACAACGGUGUCUUCCGUCUUCCCUGGGGAAUCCAGAUGAUUCCUGCGAUUAUUCUCAUGACGUAUGGGAAGAGGCCACUGAAGUUCUUUCGCGGCUUCACGCCAAAGGAAACACUCGAUCCCAUUGUGGUCGCUCAAACACAGGAGAUUCGCGGCAAGAUUGAGCAAGAACGGCAGUACCACAGCGUGUCGUGGCUCGAGCUUUUCAACUCUCGCAAUAUUAUCCGUGUCCACUGUGCUAUCUUCACACACAUUUGGUCUCAGAUGAGCGGAACCAAUGCCAUGAUGUAUUACAUUGUCUACAUUUUCGAGAUGGCUGGCUUGAGUGGUAACAAUACGCUCAUCUCUGCUUCCAUUCAGUACAUCAUCAACGUGGUUAUGACUCUCCCUGCACUGAUCUUCAUCGACCGCCUUCCUCGGCGCAAGCUCUUUAUUUUCGGGGCACUUGGGAUGGGUGUUUUCCAAUUUACCCAAGCAGGUCUCAUGGCUACCUACGGACAUGCCGUUCCAGGUGGCCUUAAUGGCUCUCCCACCGUGACAUGGAAGGUGACCAACCCGAAGGCCUCCAGGGCACUUAUUGCAUGCUCGUAUCUGUUUAUCGCAACCUACGCACCGACAUGGGGACCGCUUGGCUGGGCUUAUCCGCCCGAGAUUAUUCCGUUGUACAUCCGGAGUAAAGCGGUGUCUCUUGCAACUUUCUUCAAUUGGGCGUGCAACUUCGCCCUGACGUUCUUCACCCCCCCUGGAUUCCAGAACAUUCAGUGGAAAAUUUACUGUGUCUUCGGAACCCUCUGUAUAGUUGCCGCGAUUCACGUCUUCUUCCUUUUCCAGGAAACCGUUGGUAAGACUUUGGAGGAAGUUGACGAAAUAUUCGAGACCCAAAGCGUUUGGGCCUUCAAAGUCAGACAGGAGCCCAGUCGGUUGGCUGCCGAUAUCGAGCAGGCGAAGGAGGACAUCGGCGUGGGCAAGGUCGGCGUGAGCCACGUUGAAGCAAAGUAA